AUGCGCAGUAUCGAUCACAGGUGGAUCGCCGUCUUUGCCUACGCUCCCCUGCGCCAUUGUACCUUAGCCGAUUUCAGUCCGGUACGUCAUGAACUGUUUGGGACCUCUGUCCCCCCUCGCGGUAUGGCUGCUUCAGAGAGCCAGUGGGUCAAUUUUCACCUUCUCGCACCAGCACAAAUACUUGAUCUGCAGCGUUGGGUGAUGCUUGUUCAUGAGCCUAACUUGCGGAAAUUAAUAAAAAAAUAAUAUUAGGUGGUUUUAGUGAGCCCCAGACUGAAUAACAUUUAGGUUUAAAUAAGAAAAAUUACCAACACUUGUUGGUGUUUCCGCGCGCAGAAGCAAGGCAGGAACUGGCUCCCACAGGCCAUGUAGGAUGGCGAAGGCACACUCUAUUUUGUCCCGUAAUGUUGGACUGAGAUACCCUCACGGUCUGCGUGGUCGAUCGUGUUAUGCACAUCGCACGUUUCUCUCUUUAUUCGUGCAAUCGCCCUCUUCCAACGACAAGGUGUCCAGGGCGAGUAAAGGCGAAUGCGGACGUUGCGAUUAUGGAAACAAAACCAGUUUUCUUUUGCUAAAAGCGUGUGGUUCCGCCAGCACAUGAACCAAUCUUCAGGGCAGGGGACUGAAAUUAUUCAUUGUGCAGAAUUUCCACGAAGCUAUAAUUUGACUGCGACCAUUGGAGCUUAACCUCCUGGCCGGCAAAAAAACAGGUGGGACCAGGCCAUCAGCAGUUUCCAACGCCCUGGCUUUUGGCGGGUUAUAACAACUUGGAAUGCACCAGUUUGUUUAUGGUGAGAAUUUUAUUCAUCAGAUCCUUCCUGAAAUAACUUCACUCUCUAUACCUUUCGUACACGAAUGACAUGUCUGAGUAGAGUCGAUUGGAGAUGUUACCGGAUCCAGCGUCAGAAGUCUGGAAAGCGGCAAUAAAGUCAGUGGGAAGUUUGCAUUUUGCUUCCUACUUAAUAUGUAGCGGUAGCUUAAAAUAUGUAAACAAAAACAGGACAAUCAGGCCAGCGACUGGCAGCAUGCAGCAAAGCGGAGCUAUAGGUUUGAAUUAGGAUUUGUUGAACUGAAACCCGGUCGUGUGUUGCGUGGCCCGUCUUCCACUUUUCGCUUGCGGUGUCAUAAAGUGCCCCUUAAUAUCUUAAGAAAAUAAGAAACAUACAACGCAUAUGAUUUUGUGCGCAGAUUUAUCAGCUCCUUACCAAAGGGAUUGCGUUCAUAGGUGAACAUGCAUGGUUGGAUUUCAAGGACAAGGAAUUCUUGUCAGUGACAGUUGGCUGACGCAUACCUGGGUGACAGGUAUUCUCAUAUGUCCCGUUCGUAUAGUGCCCCGCAGUUUCGUCAGGGACAGUUGAUCUUCGACAAAUAUACGGCGCUCACAUGAAAUUUUUAUUAUUUCGAAUUUUAGGUUGUAUUUUGGGCACUUAAAGCGUUGCUUCUCCCAUAACUCUGAUUCUUACUAUUUUCCUUACAAUGAUGACUUACUAGUUCGUUUAAAUCUGAGGUGAUGACAGGGCUUUCUAAACCGCAAAACCUCCUCUAAAGCACGCAAGACCGAGGAGAUCCAAGGUUACGGGGACCACAACGAAUGGAAGGACUUCUUCUCCAUGACCAAGGCUGUCUACAGUCCGCCAACCAAAACAACUUCUCCGCUUCUCAGCACCGAAAGCAGCACCCUAAAAAUUAUACAACGAUGGGCCGAACACUUCAGAGGCGUUCUCAAUUGCCCCUACACCAUCUCCGACGCCGCAUUCGCCCAUCUAACUCCAAUGGAGAUCAACGCCAAACUCAGUCUACUGCCCUCUCUCCACGAAGCCGUCGGGGUCGUGCGGCGGCUCUCCAGCGGAAAAGCAUCGGGAUCGGACGCGAUCCCUGCUGAGACCUACAAGUACGGUGGCCCCCAACUCAUGGAUCCUUUGACGUCCUUAUUUCAGGCGACGUGA